CUCUUUCCUUUAGCUCAGUUGGUUUGGUGACAGCGAGCAGUAAAGAGGUGAUUGACAAUCUUGAGGAAGCGUCUCCUUUCUCAUCGUGGUGUGGAAAUUGGUUUGGAAGGUUGUUUUGCGAAUAAAAGAAAGCUAAUUAGGAAUCUUCGACGAUCAUGGCUCUUAGCCGCAUCUACACAUCAAAAUUGGCUAGCGCCAACAAGAAUCUUCUUCCUUUGAUCACGACCUACGUGCGUAAUGCUUCUGACAGUACCGAUCUGAAAACUGUCCUUAACGAAAAAAUUCCGAAAGAACAGGAGCGCGUCAAAAACUUCCGCAAGCAGCAUGGCAACACCAAAGUCGGUGAAGUUACUGUCGAUAUGAUGUACGGUGGUAUGCGAGGAAUUAAGGGUUUGGUUUGUGAAACUUCAGUACUCGACCCGGAGGAGGGUAUUCGCUUCCGUGGAUUAUCAAUUCCCGAAUGCCAGAAGGUCCUUCCAAAGGCUCCAGGUGGCGCUGAGCCCCUACCCGAAGGUCUGUUCUGGCUGUUGAUCACCGGCGAUGUUCCCACCCAGGCUCAGGUCGAUGCCUUGUCCCGCGAAUGGGCCAACCGUGCCGCACUGCCAUCGCACGUUGUGACCAUGCUGAACAACAUGCCCACGACGCUGCAUCCUAUGUCGCAGCUAAGCUGCGCUGUGACCGCUCUCAAUCACGAGAGCAAGUAUGCCAAGGCCUAUUCCGAGGGCGUGCACAAGAGCAAAUACUGGGAGUACGUGUACGAGGACAGUAUGGAUCUGAUUGCCAAAUUGCCCGUCGUUGCAGCUACAAUUUAUCGUAACACUUAUCGCGAUGGUAAGGGAAUCGGUGCCAUCGAUCCCAAAAAGGAUUGGUCUGCCAACUUCACGAAAAUGUUGGGUUACGAAGACGAAAAGUUCACUGAGCUGAUGCGUCUGUAUCUGACCAUCCACAGUGACCACGAGGGCGGUAACGUUUCGGCCCAUACGGUUCAUUUGGUUGGUUCAGCUCUAAGCGAUCCCUACCUAUCGUUUGCGGCUGGUAUGAAUGGCCUGGCUGGUCCACUACAUGGCCUUGCUAACCAGGAAGUAUUAGUGUGGCUGCAGAAGCUCCGUAAGGAACUGGGAGAUAAUGCCAGUGAAGAAAAGGUUAAAGAUUUCAUUUGGAAGACACUAAAAUCGGGACAGGUUGUCCCCGGUUAUGGUCACGCUGUUCUGCGUAAGACCGAUCCUCGCUAUACUUGCCAACGCGAGUUUGCAUUGAAGCACCUGCCAAAUGAUCCACUGUUCCAGCUGGUUUCCAACAUCUACAAGGUCGUUCCACCAAUUCUGACUGAACUGGGCAAGGUUAAGAACCCAUGGCCCAACGUAGAUGCUCAUUCCGGUGUCCUAUUGCAAUACUAUGGUUUGAAGGAAAUGAAUUAUUAUACUGUAUUGUUCGGCGUAUCCCGUGCGUUGGGUGUUUUGGCUUCACUGGUUUGGGAUCGCGCUCUUGGACUGCCAAUUGAACGCCCGAAAUCUAUGUCUACUGACGGACUAAUUAAGGCGACCGGUGCCAAGUAAGCUGACGGUAAAUCUACGAAAUGUAAAACUCAAACCAAAAAAAAAAAAAGAAACAAAAUAAGUGAACAAUUUUCAAAGAUCCCCGAGUACCAUGCGAAUUAGGGAGCCGCUCAAGCAAAGUAAUAAUAAAGAAAGGAACCCCAUAGCAUCUCGUUCAAGAGAAUGUUCGGGAAAGAGUGUAACAACAAGUCAAACUUCAAAUUGAGUUCCCCUUCAUAGUUUUACUUCGUCCUCACCAACUCAAGCGCUAGGCAACAAACCUUUCACGCGUAUACAUUUGUAAAAUUGUAUGAUUUUAAUUAAGUGUUAAAAGCAUAAGUAACUUAAUUAGUUUUAGGGAACAAGCUAAAGCUUGCGGGCGCUAACACAAGACAAGGCUUCCGAUACCAUUCUUAUCAGUGAAUAUCAACAAAUAAAUGGGAGCCUUCUCGCAGAAGUAAAACAUACUUUUAUUUAUUUUCUAUUUAAAACCUGUUAAUUUAAUUGCUGAUUGAUAUUCAAAAGCUUGAAUGAAGCGGCCAUGAAAAACAAUAAAGAGGAACCAAAAACAAUAAAACAAAUGUUAUUCUCUUAUACAAUCACAAGAGAUCGAUUAAAUACAACAUGUAGAAUAUGCUACCUCAUAAUCAUCCCGAUUUUGUAAAAAAAAGACGAAUUAUUUCAUUUAUUGAUAAACGUCCAUUAGUAGUUCCUCCAUGUUCAUUUUUCAGUUCCAAUUGUUCUUUGCUUCACAACUGCCCACAACAGUUCCCUUAUUUAUAAGAGCCACAUUGCAAUCGAUAUUUGAAAAGUUACGCAUUCAAUAGGAAGAAAAUAUAUCGAUCUGAUUCGCCAAAAAAUAAAUGAAGUUGUUUAGCUUCAUGCAACAAAACCAAGGAAAAUAGCAACUAAGCGUACAUGCUGUUUAAACAUGGUAUAAAUACUUAAAAAUAUUCUUCGGUAGUAUUGUUUUGCGUACUGUUCUUAACAUUGGCUUACGACAAAAUUAGUCAAUCUGAUUUCCAUGUGACCACAGUAGUAACGUUGAUAUGCAAAAUAUGAAUUCAAUAAGCAUCAUCCUGAAAGCAUUAUACAAUAUAGCUGUGAACAUACUAAAUUAAAUCUUUGAACAAA